AAACUGCCACAGGUGCUUCUCCGAAACCUUACGGUUGUGGCAUUGAAUGCUCAGUAUCGCUUCUUUCUGCACACAAGGCAUACUGUUGAGCCUGAGAAAUGCCAGCGGCCUGACGGCAGCAGACAUUGCCCAGACCCAGGGCUUCCCGGAGUGCGUGCAGUUUCUCUUGAGCCUCCAGAGCUGCCAGCUGAGCCGUUUCUGUCAAAAUGGCACCUUGAGUGGGGGUCACGAGAAUGUGUUUCCCAGUCGUGUUAGUGCGGGAAUAAAUCGAAAGAGAUGCUUGGAAGACUCCGAACCCUUGGGCAUGAAGAAAGCUAGACUUGGAGCUCCAGGCCUGGACUGUGCCAUGCCGCUAGUGAAUGGCGAGCCGGAGGAUGAGGCGGACAGAAUGCACGUUGAUAGAGAGUUUGCUGCCGUAACAGAUGUGAAAAACAGUAGCUCCAUGUCGAGCACUCUGACAAAUGGCGGUGUCGGCAGUGGACAUUUGGACCUCCCCUGCACGAGCCACCUCAAUGGACUGGACAGCAGGAGCAGCCCGUGCGUCACGGGAGCUGGCGGGCUCAGCAGUGCACCGCUGCCUGGGCGGCCGUUCCCCGGCAGCCAGGGCGCAGUGGGUGCUAACGGGACUGAGGAGCCGGAGAAGACCCUGAGCACCAGCCCCGAGCUGUGCGGCGCCCUGCACCUGAACGGGAGCCCAAGCAGCUGCGUGGCCAGCAGGCCGUGCUGGGUAGACGACCUGGACCCGGGGGCGAGCUUGCACUACGGCCACUACCACGGCUUUGGGGACACGGCUGAGAGCCUCCCGGAACUGAGCAGUGUGCUGGAGCACUCGAGCUGCGUGCAGGUGGAGCAGCGCUACGCCAGCGCCCUGCACCUGCACCCCGGCUCCUGAGGCGCGGGAUGGCCUCCGCACCUGCUUCCUGUGACCCCGCAGUCCCCUGACCAUCAGCUUCACAGUGCGGCCUUGGGCGUGGCUGUGGCACGUGAUCCCCACCCUUUUGUAAGACACUUGGGAAGUUUCAUUUUUCUGACACCGGUUUCGAUGUUUUUUAGAAAGGAUCACCAAAAGUUGUCCUUUUUCAUUUUUAUUCUGAAUUCCAUCAAGAUGAGUUGGGGCUGUGGAUGAGGGCUUGGGCACGUCUCUCUCCCUGGCCCCUGACUGCCGAGCUUGCCUCUGCCUCCAGUGGUGGCAGCAAGGACCCCUGCCUGGGGGAGCCCUGUCCCGCAGGGUGGUGCUGGGGGGGAGCCACCCCUCAAAGUGGGAGCCCUGAGCACGGGAGGGGGGCAGCGCA